GAAUCACCAGCCAGGCUGUCCAGCUCACCCUGCUUUAUAGUGUGAGAGUCCAGCAGCUCCUCCCAGUGCAAACCCAGGUUGUGCAACCACCGUGGGAGUGGGGUGGCCGUGCUAGAGCGGGGGGAGCCGCCCGCCCGCCCCUGACUCUGCCAAAGCCCCACGUCUCGCCUAUAAAUCAGAAGCAGGAGAGGUUCUCCGUGAAGCUGCAGGACAGAGCACAGACGGCCAAGGCUGGGAGGUUUUCCCCCAGGUUCAGCUCUGUCCACAGCUCGGGAUCCCAGCAGAGGCAGUGAGGAUGAGAGUGGCAGUGGUGGGUGCGGGUGUCAGCGGGCUGACAGCCACCAAGUGCUGCAUGGAUGAGGGGCUGGAACCCACCUGCUUCGAGCAGAGCCAGGACAUUGGGGGGCUCUGGCGCUACACGGAGCACAUCGAGCCUGGCCGGCCAAGCCUCUAUGCAUCAGUCAUCAGCAACAGCUCCAAGGAGUUGUCGGCGUUCUCUGACUUCCCAUACCCUGAGGACUUCCCGGUGUUCCUGCCCCAUGCCAAGCUUCUGGACUACCUCCGGCGCUAUGCUAACCACUUUGGCAUCAUGGAGCACAUCAAAUUGGGGACCACUGUUGUAAGCAUCCGGAAACGCCCCGACUUUGCCACCACGGGCCAGUGGGAUGUGGUCACGGAGGCUGACGGGAAGCACACAUCAUACGUCUUUGAUGCUGUUAUGGUUUGCACUGGCAAUUUCCCUGAACCAACCAUCCCCCUGCACAGUUUUCCUGGCAUCAAGAGGUUUAAAGGCCAGUACUUCCACAGCCGGCAGUACAAGCGUCCUGAUGUGUUUAAGGGGAAGCGCGUCCUUGUGGUUGGCAUGGGCAAUUCGGGAGUAGACAUCGCAGUGGAGGCCAGCCAUGUAGCCACGAAGGUGACUGUUAGCACCAGACGAGGUGCCUGGGUGCUCGGCCGUGUGUUUGAACAUGGCUACCCAUGGGACGUGGUUUUCAACACCCGCCUUAUGAGCCUGAUCAGAAAUAACCUCCCUGGACCUCUUGCACGGGCGUUGAUUAACUACAGCGUGAACAAGAGGUUCAAUCAUGAGAACUAUGGCCUUCAACCAGAAAAGAGCUGCCUGGUGCGUGAGCCCGUGUUGAAUGACGACCUUCCAAGCUACAUCCUGACAGGGAGGAUCACCAUCAAGCCGGGUGUCAAGGAGUUCAAGGACAACUCAGUUGUUUUUCACGAUUGCCCUGAGGAGGAGCCCAUCGAUAUUGUUGUCUUCUGCACGGGCUACGAUGCUUCCUUCCCAUUCCUAGAAGAAAAAAUUGUCAAGGUGGAAAACAAGCAUGCAUGCCUCUACAAAUACGUGUUUCCAACCCACCUGCAGAAGCCCACCCUGGCCGUCCUUGGGCUGAUCAGGCCAUUGGGAGGCAUCAUGCCUGUGAUAGAGAUGCAAGCACGCUGGGCAGCCCGUGUCUUCAAAGGCUUGUGUCAGUUGCCGCCUCAGUCUGUGAUGGAGAAGGAAGUAAAUGAGAAGAAGAAAAACCAAGUGAAAUGGUUUGGUCUGAGCUUUGAUGAAGUCCUCAAAACCGAGUGGCUGGCCUACCUGGACAUGCUCGCCUCCUUCAUUGGUGCCAAGCCCAGCGUGCCGCGGCUGCUGUUCCGAGAUCCUCGGCUGGCAUUCACCAUUUUCUUUGGCCCCUGCACCCCUUACCAGUACCGGCUGGAGGGCCCUGGGCGCUGGGAGGGUGCACAGCAGGCUAUUCUCACCCAGUGGGACCGGAUCCUGAAGCCCACCAAAACGCGAGUCCCUGCCAGUACUUCCAGCCCUUACCCUUCUCUCCUGAUUGUGAUGGGGUUUCUCCUGCUCCUGGCUGCGCUGUAUUUUGGCUUCCCGUAGAUUUUGGAGCUUGUUUAGGUUGUUUUCUUGAUGUUAUCUCAGGUUAGGCAGCUCCACAGGGUUCCAUGGGACAUGGGGAAAGGGAUUUCAGCAGAUCACAAGUUUAAAACUUUAACCAGCAGCACAAACUUCUCUCUGCCCCAGCUCACCACCAAGAACAGCUCUGCAGAUCCGACGAGCUGGGGAUGGCAGCCUCUUCCCAGCAUUUAUGGCCCCUCUGCUGCUCUCCUGGCAUGAGCAGGGCAUAGCUGUGUGGCAGGGCUAUGCCUGGACCAGACUGGCCAGGAGGCAGCAGGGGCACUACCAGCAAAACUGGCUUCAGGUGUCACAACCAGAAAGAAGGAUGAGUGUCGAACCCUGCCCCAAAUCAGCCGGUAUUUGAGGUCUGUAGUUCAGCAAGCAGUUAUCUGGGCUGGGUAAUGCAGAUCAGGCUGUUCCUUCUUCCAACCUUAAGCCCUAUGAGCCAAAAAUCCCAGUUUGGGUUUAAUGGGUGCAUCUUUCCAGCAAAGGGGCCCUGGCUGGUACCCUGUGAGGCUGAGUGGUCCCAGCUCUGCUUCCCUGUUCUCCUCACCACCAGGCAAUUACGGGGCUUUGUUUUGUGCACUGAGAGACUUUUAAUCAAUAAAAUUUCAGAAGCAUGUUGCAAA